UUUGACAGAUAAGAAGAAAGAAAGCUGUACUUACGAUUGUAAACAAAUGGUUCAUACAAACUCUUAGCAAAAGAAACCAAUUUAUAGUUCUAUUUUGCAGCAGACUAUGCAAAGCUAGACCACUGUUGGGCACUGUGAUAAAAUCUAUUUUCUGAGUAGAUUUUCUUAAAAAGAAAAUGACUUCGAAAGUCGGAAAAAUAGGGAAAGUUGUGAUAUGUGGAAUGAAAGGUAUCGGCAAAACGGCGAUUUUGGAACAAUUGAUCUACGGUAGCAUAACACCAGACUCCGAAUUGUAUUCAACCAUCGAAGACACCUAUGUGGCUAGUGUGGACACCGGUCGUGGUCCUCGGGAUAUAUUAAGAAUUUACGACACAGCCGGUUUGCAAGGGAAUGUCGGUCUGCCGCGACAAUAUCUUCAAUUUGCCGAUGCAUUCGUUCUGGUUUACGAUCCGAGCGAUGCGGCCAGUUUGGAUAUGUUGGCUGGCAUCAAAAAUGACAUCGACAAAAACAAGGAGAAGAAGGAGGUGUCCAUUGUGGUAAUAGCCAAUAUUAGACGAUUGAAUCGUACGCCGAAUCAGUCGCCGGAAAAGCAAUCGCCGGAGAAGAAAACGCCCGAUCCAAUUGAAUUGAUUCUGAAUCGAGCGAAUAGUUGGUGUGCUCGUGAACGGAUCAAACACUAUACGGUGAAUGCGUUGGAACGGGCCAGUUUGUAUGAACCUUUUGUUAGUUUAGCGGUUCGACUUCAUCCACCGCAAACGAAAAGUACAUUUCCGCAGUUGAGCAAAUUGACGCAAAAGGCGUCGAAAGUCGAUAACUGAACGUGGUCGAUGGUGGAUUGUCGUUGUGCAAUAUAGCGAAGAACAAAAUAUCGUAUUUAGAAGUGGAAGCAUUUAUUCAACAUUCGAAUGUGAGGAGGUGUUCGAAGUCGAUGUUUAUCUCAUUGUACUUCCAUGUACUUAAAAAGUAUUUUUUUAAUUAUUCUAUUCAAUCAAGUGUCUUUUUCCUUAGUUUAGUUAUAUCUAUUGGUUAUAUUCUAAUUUAUUUAUUGAAUAAUUAUUGUC